UUCCCCAAAACUUGGGAUGAAUAAGAUAACCUUCCUUCUCUUUCUUUGCUAUUGUAUGAUAUCUCAGUGACAGGGAAGUGAUGGCAAUGCUUAGUUAGGCUUAGUUUCUUGCAAGUGCAUCUUCCAUGAGUUGCAGUCAGUUCUCUUGGUGUGAAGACCACUAAAAAUUAUGACUUCAGGGUAGCAAAUGGAGGCUGAAGGUAACAGAAAUCUUGUGUGGAAGCAGAACAGGAACUUUCUCCCACAGUCCUUGACUGGAAGUUGGUAGCCUGUGAGUAGUGUAGCACAAAAUCUUACCCCUUUUAAACAGAGGAAACUGUGAAAGUAAGAGAGCAGCAGGGACAGCAAAAAUCAGCAGAGAAGCAAAGAAGCAAAUACAAGACGGUCUUCAGUAGAGGCAAUAGGGAUGUUAAUUUAGAAAGAAACUGAACCCUCCAGUAGUACUGGAGGAGUCCAAGGCAGCCUUAGGAACCACAUUCACUUGUUGUCCAAAAUGUGCUUUUCCAACUCCAAAUGUGACUCGAGGAGAGUUCUGGAAGAGAGAUGGCAUAAAGGAAAUCUGUACAGCAGUCACAGAGGCAACACCAGGCAGCUAGUGCUACAUUUGGUACACGAAGAACUAGAGGCAAAGGCUAAAGCUGACAAGAUUAAACUUGCAUUGGAGAAAUUGAAGGAAGCCAAAGUUAAAAAGCUUGUUAUCAAGGUGCACAUGAACGAUAACAGCACCAAGUCCCUGAUGGUGGAUGAGCGCCAGGUGGCACGGGAUGUUCUGGACAAUCUCUUUGAGAAAACCCACUGUGACUGCAAUGUGGACUGGUGUCUGUAUGAGACGUACCCUGAGCUGCAGAUCGAAAGGUUUUUUGAAGACCAUGAAAAUGUUGUUGAAGUGUUAUCAGACUGGACUCGAGACACUGAGAAUAAGAUUCUGUUUUUGGAAAAAAGCCAAAAAUAUGCUUUAUUUAAAAAUCCCCAGAAUUUCUACCUGGCCAACAAAGGGAAGAAAGAAAGCAAAGAAAUGAACGAUAAAAACAAAGAGGCUUUGCUGGAGGAAAGCUUCUGUGGGACAUCUGUCAUUGUGCCAGAGCUUGAAGGGGCCCUUUAUUUAAAAGAAGAUGGAAAAAAGUCCUGGAAGAGGCGUUAUUUUCUUCUACGAGCUUCUGGAAUUUAUUAUGUACCCAGAGGAAAAACCAAGACAUCACGGGAUCUGGCAUGCUUCCUUCAGUUUGAGAACGUGAACGUGUAUUAUGGGUAUCAGCACAAAGUGAAGUAUAAGGCACCUACAGAUUACUGCUUUGUCUUAAAGCACCCCCAGAUUCAAAAGGAGUCACAAUAUAUCAAGUACUUGUGCUGUGAUGAUAAAGCAACCCUGCAUCAGUGGGUAACAGGAAUAAGAAUUGCCAAGUAUGGCAAGACACUCUAUGACAAUUACAAAUGUGCAGUGAAGAAAGCUGCCUUGUCCUCUCGGUGGGCAAAUCAAAAAGUGGUGGAGCCAGCUGCCCCUGCAGGAUCCUCAUCAGCAGGUACUGACACUGCCACAGCCGGUACUGUUCAGUCAAAUGGACAGAUUCCCCAAAGUGACCAUUGUUCCAGUGCAGAAAUUCCAGACACUCAGAAGAAAGUGGAUACAGCUGAGGCACAAGCUGAAACAAAUAAUGGCAGUGCACCUGGCCAGGCACAACCGUUGCUGAGGCCACAGAAAGUCCAGAGUAAGAGGACCUCACUGCAGCCUCCUCCUCCACCUGAAAGGCGUUCAUCUGCUAUUUCUGCUUCGCCAGUUCUACCCUCCAAAGUGAUACGAGACAGUGGCAUUUUCCUAACAGAUCCAGAGAGCUUUCCAGCACCACCACCUACACUGAAGAUUGAUUUUCCUCCUCCACCACCAUCAUCUGAUUUCUGUGAACCACCUCCUGAUUUUGUGCCUCCACCACCACCAGUGUCCAGCAGCAGUAAUGGAGAUGUGCCAUUACCCCCUCCACCUCCACCUGUUGCCAGUAAGCCACCACCACUUCCAGUGAAGAAACCUGUACCACUUCCUCCCAAAAGUCUGGAAAACACAGGACAAGGUGGAGAGCCACAGUCAGCAGGGCCACCUGUGAUUACAGGGGGAGGCAAGCAAGCAGAUUUCAUGUCUGACCUAAUGAAAGCUCUUGAGAAGAAAAGGGGUAACAGCUCCUGAACUCUGGGAGUGAGUAGACUUUAAGACAUAGCUGGUUUUGUGAGGCACAACAGAAGAUCAUGCCUGGAUCAGGAUUCUCCAGGCGGAAUUCUCCUGCAGAGUUUCUUUUGAACUCAAGACGAUGGGGUACCCUUUGUCCCCCGCUUUGUCCCUGAAACCUUUGUCCUUUCCCCCUGCACCUCACCAUCCCCUGCUCUUAACUCCCAUUCCAGCACCAGGCCAAGGUAAGAAUUAGCUGGAGAGUCUUGCUUCCCUCCACAAGAACAGCCAGGGAUGGUGGAACAGCACUCUGGAGGCAGCCAUUUCAGAAACUGAAAUUCAUCUACUCUGGCUGCCUUUUUAGUAGAAUUGGAGUUAAAGGAAAAAUACAAUGUCCUCAUGCAAAUUUUGAGAAGUGGGAAGGAAGACCCCUUUUCACAGAAAUGCCCUUAAAAGUUCUUUUUCAGAAGAGUUCCAGUUGUGGGGGCUUUCUUCCAAUACAAAGAUGCUUUUAAUUUUUUUUUAAUAGUCUGUCUUAAAAAUGAAAACCUCAGCUAGAUUAUUGUGAGAUGCAAGUUAGUGCCAGUACCAUUUUCAGACAGUGUCACCCUAAAUGUUGUACACUCCUGUUUCUAUAUGCAACUGAGUCAUACCUGUCAGCAUUCACAGCUGCUGCUUUGAAAUCUCAUUUAUUUGGUUACAUUUGACAAAGAAAAAAGUUUUAUUUUGAAAUCAUGUAUGCUUCUAUGGUAAGCAGGAAUUUUUUUUCUCUUGGUUAGUAUCUGUCUUCAAACUGUACCUAGAAAUGAUGUGUCUUGUGAAAGACUUAGUAAUUAUCUUGUACCUGAUAGGAAUGUCUCUUCCCACAGGUUUUUCCUUUGUUCUCCCCAUUUAAUUCUCCACUGUUGAUUUAGGAAGCAUUCAUUGUUAGCUCUUAAAUAAAAAUAGCUUCCAUUUUA